AUGGUUUACAAAGAUGAGAUUAUCAAGUAUAAAUUAAAGUAUUCGGAUAAAAAAUCAUAUUAUAUUCAUACAAUAAAUGAAUGGGCCCAAAUAAAUCACUGCGAAUUUUUUAAUACUUUUGUUUAUCAGUGUAAUAACAUUUCAGACGAACUUGUACUUGAAGCAUACAACGAUCCAAGAGUAUUGAAGAUAGAACCAAUCCAAAAUAUACAAUUACAAAACAGAUUUUCUGUUGGUCUAUUGCAAAACGGUAUCGAUAAGGUUCAGAGAAUUAACAAUAUGUAUCAAACAGAUAGAACAAUAACAAAAAUGGGUAUAACUGGCAAAAAGCAAGUAGUUACUAUUAUUGAUACUGUGUUGGAUGUCAACCAUACAUUCUUUUAUGAUCCAUAUCAUAAAGUAUCAUCUUCAAUGAACUCACAGCAUAGAAAGGUUGUUAAAUACUUUAGCUUAUUUGAUAAUCACGAUGCAAUUAAUGGUCAUGGUACUCAUAUAGCAGGAAUUGUUGCAGGAAAAGCAUUAGAAUCAGACUCAAUGCAGUCACUAUAUAGUGGGGUAGCAGAAGGAGCUAAAUUACAUGUGAUCGAUAUUGGAAAUGAUAAAAAUGAGAUAACUGUCACUCCAAACCCCAACACUUUCCAGGAAAAUAUGAAAGAUACUACAUCAAAAAUACAAACUUCAAGCUGGGGGUUCGAUAAUAAUAACCUUUUACGAAAUUCAUUUGAUGAAAUUGCGUUCAACAAUCAAGAUACAGUUUAUAUUGCAUCAGCUGGAAAUAGAAAAUCAGCCAUGUCUGUUUUCCCACCAGGAAAUUCUAAAAACUUUAUAACAGUGGGAGCUUUAGCUGAUUCAACAGUGAGUUCUUUCACUGAUACUGCUGAUAUAUAUGUUACGAAUGGAGAAACCAAGAUAAAAGUGCUCGAUCCACAGAAAUUCAUGAGCAAAUAUUCUGGUCCUCAGUAUGUUUUAACAGAUUUAACUGUUUCUUCUGAUUCAGCCUCCAGAGAUACAGCAUAUGUAUGUACACAAAAUGAGUGUCCACUAAUUCAAGGCCAUACGUUUAGAAUGAUGGUUUCCUUCGCAAAACCAAAUUAUGAAUCUCCAUAUCCAUUUUUGAUUACAGAAACAAAGAGUCAAAUUGAUAUGAUAGCUAAAUGGACGACACUAUCUGUGAUUAUGGAACCAUCCAAAACACGUGAACUACAAGUUGCAGAUUUUUCUUCUUGGGGACCAACUGAGGAAGGCAUACUUAAACCAGAAGUAAUAGCUCCAGGAACUAGCAUUGUUUCGGCUAAAUCUCUUGGUAAGCAUGAUUAUCAUCCAUUAAUCAACGAAGAAAACCUUGUCAAGCAAGAAGGAACAUCAAUGGCAGCUCCAAUGGUUGCUGGUCUUGCAGCUCUUAUCAAGGAUUACUUCUAUGAUGGCUUUUAUCCGACAUUAUCACCAAAAAUUCAACAUUCUAAGAAUCCUUCUGGAUAUUUGGUAAAAGCUAUGAUAAUUAAUGGAUGCACAAGUACAACAGGCGCUAUUGUAGACAACAAAUCUGGAUUUGGUCUUGUGAAUGCUGAAAAAUCUUUAGGUUUCGGAUCAAACAAAGGAAUCAGGGUUACAGAUAACAUUCCGAUUGGAAAGAAAAAGCAUAUAUCAUCCAAAAUCAAAACAGAUACAAAACAGGAUCUUUCCAUUACGAUUUCAUAUGUCGAGCCUCCUCUUCAGAAUUCAAACAUUCCAUUGAAUAUCGGCUUGAAUCUGAUUGUUGAGGAUUCGAAAGGUAAAUCAUAUUUUGCAAAUGGUUUAGAAGAAGAUCGUGAAGAAGAAUUUACAACCAAUCAUAGAGUUUUUAUUCCAAAUGCUCCGCCUGAUACUUACAAAAUCCAUGUCUAUUCGCAAAAUUAUAUGCAAUCUGUUUCGGUAGCAAAAUUUGCGAUAGUAAUCACAGGCGGAUUUAAGCAAGAUGACUAUUAUACCAAUCCUGUUUCAUUAACAUUCUCUGAUGAAGAGAAUUGCCCUUCAAACUGCAACUCUGGAACAUGCAAUUCAGGAUUCUGUAGUUGCCCGUAUGAUAAACGUGGCCUAGCUUGCCAAACUUAUAUCGCUGAAGCUCCACCAAAUAAAGAUUAUGUUUACAAUGCCUCUUCUAGAUAUGUAAACUGGAUGAGAUUAGCAAUUACAGAUAAGACAAACGUCAGUUUCAUUAUGUUUGGUAUAGGUGUUAAUCCAUUAAUUGCAAUAUCAGAUUCGAAUAAUGUUAAACUUGAAGAGGCAAGAACUGCUAAAUUCCAAUUUUCACUUUCUGCUCAACAGACAAGGAAACAAGAGUUUCGUGGUCACUGGCUAUAUUUUGGGUUCUUUAAUCCAAGUGCUACAGAGAGAUCAGAGCUUCCAAUUCGAAUUGAGGCUGAUUUCGCUCCAGGAAGUUUAGUUAACUCUUCAUUGCCAGAAUAUAAACAAAAAGAAGGAUCAACUGCGGCUUCGGCUCCAAAAUCAGAAAGCCUAGAUAAAUAUAUUGCAAUCGUUGCUGUUACUUUCUUUGCAGUUUUAGGCAUUGCAUUAUUAAUCAUGACAAUCGUAAUUAUUGUUAGAAAGAGGAGAGAAAUUGCCAUGAUUGAAGAUGAGCUAAGUAAAAAGAAACAGCAAUCUUCACCUAACUCCAAAAAUAAUUCCCCACCGAAAACACUUAAGAGAAGUCAAACAAAUCGAGCAAAACCAGCUGAGCCAGAGAAUAUUGUUGAAGAACGACCUUCUCCUGUUCCUAAAUCAGAAUCUGUUUCAGCACUUCAAAGAAUGCAAGAGAGAAGAAGAAGACAGUUAGAAAAAGUUACCACUGAUUCUGAAAAUUCCGAAAGAGAUUAA